AUGAACGAUCGCGAUGAAUUUCUAACGAGAAAAUUCAAAACGGAUCAAAUUUCGAUAGAGAAGAUGACGAAAGAGGAAUUCGAUUUUGCGAAGAGCACCGAAAGUGAGAUAUUGAAAAUUUUUCAAGCUCUAUUGUUAUCCAUAUGUAUGUUGCUUUUGAGUUAUCACAGCGUUCGUUAUGGCCGAACCGAGUACAGUAUCUUGGAAAAUGGUGAAAUCACCGAGGGUUAUGCUCAUAAGGCUGUGGUCACGUUGAGUUUAGGUUAUUCCACACCCUACGCGAUCGUCUCUUUCCUGGCAAUCGGCAUGCUUGCUUACUCUUUGAUCUCGAAAAAUCCACGUUGGAGUAUUCCAUCUAUAGUACUUUAUCUUGCCGACCUGGUUUGCAGUAUCAGUGGCGCCAUCGUCGCAAUUUGGUUAUUUUUCUCUCAUUUCCCAUUCGUAACAGCCUUGUCUUACACGUUAGGAACGAUUUUGCUAAUACUUGGAGAAAUUUGGAUGUGGCUAGGCGUCCUUCGAUUGUACGAGCAAAGAACUUUCAAAUGAACUUUUCGAUCGAUCAACGACGAUUGACGGGAGAAGCUAAAAAAGAAAGAAAGAAAGAAAAAAAAAAAAAACGAGUGGACGACACGUUUUGUUUAAAAUUAUAUUUUAUGAGCUACAUGUGUACAGU